UUGGCAAACACGGAAGCGAUUUAGCUGAGAUCAGUUUAAUCGUGUGGUAUCACAGGUGUCCAUAUGGUGAUGUCUUUUCGAAAUAUUUCCAAAGAAGCAUUAGUUGGAUCCAUUACAUUGGGAGCUGUGUUUGUCGCCGGUUAUGUCUUUGCCUCUACUGACUCUCAUGGUGGUAAUCACAACACUACAAAGCCUUAAAGGAACCGGAAUAUCCAGUGCUGUCCAGACAGUUCCUGAAGUGACAUGUACAAACACUAUCUAGUGCAAAUGCAAAUCACAAACUUCAGAACACAGAUGUCACAAGGAUCUGUCAGUCCAGACUGAUUCACUGUAUCGACCUAAGGGAGGAAGAAAUCUUCCAUAAUGAGCAUCUCUAAAAGUCACUGCGGGGGAAAAGACAACCCACUGAUGCAGUAUGUCCUCAAUCACUCAAUGAGGGAGCAUCCGGCCCUGAAAAAACUUAGGCUGAGGACAAUGGAAGAUUCCUGGAAUAUCAUGAUGGUUGCCUGUGAACAGGCGCAGUUCAUGGCCAAUAUUGCAAAACUAAUUAAAGCCAAGAAAGCAUUAGAGAUCGGAGUAUACACAGGUUACAACACACUGAACAUGGCCCUGUCUUUGCCUGAUGACGGAGUUGUGGUUGCGUGUGAUAUCAGUGAGGAUUACACCAACAUUGGAAAACCCUUCUGGAAAGAGGCUGGAGUUGAGCAAAAAAUUGAUCUACGCAUACAGCCGGCACUGAAAACUCUAGAUGAUCUCCUUGCUGCUGGCCAGGCUGGAACAUUUGACUUUGCCUUCAUUGAUGCAGACAAAGUUAACUAUGACAACUACUAUGAAAAGUCUCUGGAGCUUUUGAGGAAAGGAGGCGUCAUUGCCAUUGACAACGUGCUGUGGGGUGGGAAGGUGCUGAAUCCUUCUCCUGAUGACGCAGACACUCUGGCCAUUGACAAGCUGAACAAGAAGUUGCACAGAGACACUCGCAUCAGCCUCAGCAUGCUCACAGUGGGAGAUGGACUCACACUUGCCAUCAAACUAUAGGACAGGUGUCUGAUAGGUGCAAUGAUUUAUAGGCCUUGGAAAGUAACACUAGGAUGCUGAACGUAUUCUUUAAGUAGGGUGCAUUAUUAUCUGAGGUACACUGUAACGCUGUAUUUUUAUGUGAUCAGUUUUAUUACAAAACAAAGUGCAGUGUUGAAUGAAAUGGUAAAUAAAUUUGAAUUUAAAAAACUGUU